AUAAGCGGGUGUUCGGGUCGGCGUUCUGAUCAUAAUUAAUUCAGGUGUUCUAAGGCAAACUAGUUCCUUGGAGGACGAACCAAUCCAAAUCACAGACCAAUCAUGAAGUGCAUGGUAGCUGCAGUCAUCUUGGCCUUGGCCGUUGUCUCGGAAGCCGGAAUCGUCCCAGCCUGGCCUUAUGGAGUGGCCGCCCAUUGGGGAGCUUCAACUGUGAUCCAGUCCAACGUUUUGGCCCAUCCUUACGGAGCUCUGUCCCACGCUGCCAUCCAUGCUGCCUAUCCAGCAGUUCAUGCUCAUGUGGCUCACGUUGCUCCAGCUGUCUAUGCUGCCCCGCUCAUAACCGCUCCUCAUGUUCCAGCUGCUUCCGUUGCCCACCACGCUGGAGUCGUUCCAGGAGCCACCUCUGUUACCGCUACCCGAGGUGCCGUCCAUGUUGCUCCACUUCCAGGACACGCCGUCUCUCAGCAACAGCUGAACCUUGCUCCAGCUCCGGGAACCAUCUAAAAUGUGAACUCCUUCGGAACACCUGACGUAAUGCUAGUCACCGGAUCAGAGCAGGAUUCCAUUCUUCAACAACAACAAAAAUGAGGAACCGUUCAACUGAAGCUGGAUUGGAUUUUCAUGUUCUUUUCUUCUCCCCCCACUGUCUAUCACUCUGUCGUUCAAAAGUGCACUCUAUCGCAUCCUAGUUAAGUCCAUCUCGAAUGAAUGCAAGUUUUGGACCAACAAGUGAAUAAAAUUGUUUUCAUUGUUUCUUCAUAAA